CUGGACGUUGUUGUCUUGCGUCUGACGGCUUGUUGCACUCGAAGCUGAGCGAGCUCCGGAGGAGUGCGGAGGAAUUCAAGUGUUUGCUGCGGUAACCUCAUCAGCCUGCCAAGAUGGCGAUGCAAGCGGCCAAGAGAGCGAACAUUCGACUUCCACCUGAAGUAAAUCGAAUUUUGUAUAUAAGAAAUUUGCCCUACAAAAUCACGGCUGAAGAAAUGUAUGAUAUAUUUGGGAAAUAUGGACCUAUUCGUCAAAUCAGAGUGGGGAACACACCUGAAACUAGAGGAACAGCUUAUGUGGUCUAUGAAGACAUCUUUGAUGCCAAGAACGCGUGUGAUCACCUGUCAGGAUUCAAUGUUUGCAACAGAUACCUCGUGGUUUUGUACUAUAAUGCCAACAGGGCAUUUCAGAAGAUGGACACAAAGAAGAAGGAAGAACAGUUGAAGCUUCUCAAGGAGAAAUAUGGCAUCAACACAGAUCCACCAAAGUAAACGUUUUCUGCAUUUUCAUUUUGGACUGUUUAAAACCCAUGAAUGACCACCACUACCCUUUUUUUUUCAAUUAAUAGUGAAUGUUGUGAUUUCUUAUUUGAGAUUCAAAAAGACCUGCUUGAAACUUUGAUAUAUUUUAGAAUAUAUUAUGUUAAUAAACUUGUAGCUUUUUGUAAAACA